GUGAGAAGACUCGGGCUUUCCUAGAAACCCCAGUGCCACAGCUUAGGUGGGAGGAACAAUUCAGGAAGGAGUCUUUUGGCCCACAUCUUGAGCUCUCCUCAUUCCAGAGGUCCCAGCAUAGUCAUGGAUCAACACUCGUUGGCUAAAACAGCUCAAAAUGAGGCAGACACCAAUAAUUUGGAUGUGUUAUCUCACCCCAACUCACCAACGCCACAGCACAGACCAGGCCAUAGUGGAGUCCACCACCAUCGUGGGUCUCAUUACCACGGUGGGUCCCACCACUAUGGUGAGUCCCACCACCACAGUGGGUCCCACCACCAUGGCGGGUCCCACCAUCAAGGCAUAGUCCACCAUCAUCAUGGGUCCUCCCAUCACAUGGGGCCCCACCACCAUGGUGAGUCCCACCACCACGGUGAGUCCCACCAUCACGAUGGGUCCUCCCAUCACAGUAGGUCCCACCAUCAGAACAAGUCCCGCCAUCAUGGCACAUCCCAGCAUUAUGGCAUAUCCCACCAUCAUAGUGGAUCUCACCACCUUGGUGAAUAUCCAGACUCUCAUGACAAUGCCUCCUCUCACGAUUCUGGCAAUUCCCACCACCCCCGCCACUCCCACCACCAUGGUGAGGCCCACCAUCAUAGUGGAGCCCACCACUCCACAUCCCUUGCCCUGGCUCCUUCUCAUGGCACUGUUCAUGGUGAUUACCACCAUGGUAGCAGGAGACAUCAUGAUAGGCCCCGCCACCGUGGUGAUUCCUACCACCAUGAUGGGCAGUCUCACCACCAUAGGGGGUCCCACCACCAUGGUGGAUCUCACCACCAUGGCAAAGUUUCCCAUCAUAGUGGGCUCCAUCACCAAGGUGAGCCUUACCACCGUAAGGAUUCCAACCCCUAUGGUGGCUCUCACCAUCACAGUGAGGUCCAUCAGCAUGGUAAGCAUCAUCUUGAAGUCCACCACCACAGAGGGCCUCUUCAUCAUGGAGAGACCUAUUCCCACCAUUCCUAUGCGGGGUCCCACCAGGAUCGCAUACCUCGCUCCGGCAGACACCACAGUGAGCACCACCACGGCCACCAUAGCAAACGCCACCGUGGCCACCACGCAGAGCGCCACCAUGGUGAGCACCACCACAAGGAGCAUCACCAUGGCAAGCACCACCAUGCUGUACGUCGUGAUGAUCAUCUCCCUGGUGAUCACCGCUAUGGGGAGCACCAUCAUGGUAGCUCCCAAGUCUUUGGCCCACACAGGUCUCACAGUGUGGCCAGACCGUCUUUCUAUUCUAGCGUAAUAGCCCUCCACCCCAGCAUGGCACAAAUACAGCACUCGGCCUUCAGCUUGAGACGUUCCCUCAGUGUAGUGUACUCGUGUGCAUCCCAGAUAUCCAACAAAGUCCAUCCUCAGGAUUCCUCCUCUACAACUUCCUUGGAAACCUGGUCCGAAGAAGAUGAGCAAUUUCAGAAGCGUAAAACCGCCAGAACUCAGCGGGCCCACAAGAAGCUGCACACCGUGGAUCUCUUCUACAGGCUGUGGGAAAAAUUAAGCCACCUCACUCAGCGCCUCCGGGGAAUGCUUAGGAACCUGACUGAGUCCUUACCCUUUGAAGCCUUCAUCUUCCUCGUCGUCAGCCUCAACACUAUCAUGCUUGUGGCCCAGACUUUUGCCGAAGUCGAGGUCCGGGGUGAGUGGUACUUCAUGGCCUUGGACUCCAUUUUCCUCUGCAUCUACGUAGUGGAAGCUGUGCUCAAGAUCAUUGCUCUAGGCCUCAAGUAUUUUUCUGACUCCUGGAACAUUCUGGACUUCUUCAUCAUGAUCAUGGCUAUGCUGGACUUCAUGCUUUUGCAGUUCAACUCCUUCUCCUUUGUCUACCACCAAAGCGUCUUCCGGAUCUUCAAGGUCUUCAAGAGCCUGCGGGCCCUGAGGGCCAUCCGGGUCCUGCGGAGGCUCAGCUUCUUGACCAGCCUCCAGGAAGUGACCGGGACUCUGGUCCGGUCCUUGCCAUCCGUCACCGCUAUCCUUAUCCUCAUGUUUACCUGCCUCUUCCUCUUCUCUGUGGUGCUCCGGGCUCUGUUCCAUCAAUCUGACCCCAAGCGCUUUCAGAACAUCUUCACCACCGUCUUCACUCUCUUCACCAUGCUCACCCUGGACGACUGGUCCCUCAUCUACCUGGACAGCCGGGCCCAGGGCGCCUGGUACAUCAUCCCUAUUCUCAUGAUUUACAUCAUCAUCCAAUACUUCAUCUUCCUCAACCUGGUGAUCGCCGUCCUGGUGGAUAACUUCCAGAUGGCUCUGCUCAAAGGCCUGGAGAAAAUAAAGCAGGAGAGGGCAGCCCGGAUCCAUGAGAAUCUACUGGAUGACUCACUGACCGAACUCCGAAAAUCAGAGCCUGAAGAGGUGGUGAGUGAACAUACCAAACAGAAGCAGCUCAUUGAGAAGAAAUUUGGGACCAUGACUGAGAAAGAAUCCCACGAGCGGUGCCUAGAGGGCCAUGAGAGCUCCUCGAGGCUGAGGACAAGCGCAGGGCAUCGGAGAGGUCCCAGAGAAACAGUGAUCCUGCUCAUCUGUUUACUCAAGGAGCAUCCCUGACCCUUGCUCUGGGUCAGGCCCUGCGAGGGUUCCAGGGACCCAAAGAUGACACGGACUAGGCCCGCCCACGGCAACCCUAUUGCUAAAGACCUGUGCUGGGCCAUGGAGAGCAGUGGUCGGUUAGGUGGAGGGAUGAGAAGGAUGGGUCGAGGAGCAGCUUGGGAGAAGGCCUGGGAGGCAGAUGGUCAACACCCCAUUCUCGUCGAAUCAAUUGGCCAAUUGGUCCAGGACGGCUGGGGACUUGUGGCUGUGCUCCUGGCUGGGGGACCUCGGCACAGACUCCCGCUUCCUGGCUCCCCAGAGAACCUUCUCUCCGAAAGCUGGGCCCCCCUCUACCUCAGCCAGUCUGGCUCUAAGCCAGCCGACAGGGCAGCCUGACUCCUGGAAGCCUCCAGCCUCUCCUCACCCACCAUCAGAGCUCAAGCCCCAACAGGCCCUCUGUGAUCAAGCCUUUGCCAGCCUCCCACGCCGGCACAUCUGGGCCUUUGCCCACACUGUCCUCUCUAACUGGAGUGUCCUCUGGCUGCCAGUGCCAGGCUCAAGUGACCAAGAUUUGGGAGAGCUGAGUUCCAAUCCGGCUCGCUUCACCUCCCGGCCCUCCCGGCCCCUCCCCCCACGUUCCAGCCACUUGGCCCCUGGCACAGCGGACCCUUGGCACCUCUAUAACACUUUCCUUGGGGGUUUCUUGGCCUCCAGACUCUUCCCCACUGGUCCACCUCCACUACGAGUGCUCUCUGUUUGUGUUUGUGUUGUUGUCGUUCAUUUGUUUUCCUCUUUCCUUUCUUAGUGGUCUGUGUUAAAAGUAGUUUGGGCUUUUCCUUCAUCGUCAGCAUUUAAGACCCUACAAGACGCUUGCCUCCUUUAGGCAUCCACUCUCUACAGCCUCCUUCCCUGAGGCCUGCCCUGGCCCCCAGCGUAACCCCGUUCUUCUGGAGUAGGGGACCAGGAACCUUGCCUAAGCCUGGCAAACCCUCAUGUGUCUUUCAAACUCAGCUCCAUGGCACUUCCUCUGGACGCCUUUUCUGAUCCCCGGUACUGGAUGGGGUUUUCCUCCUCGGGCACCCUCAGCACUCUGUGUUUGCACUUAUCCCGAGUGGAAGCACUCAGUUUGCUUUCCUGGCUCUGCUACAGGCUGAGCUUCUUAAGGGCGAGGAGGGUUUCUUGUUCGUUUCUGUGUCCUCAGAGCACCUGGCAGUGUUCAUUUAUUUCAGUGUCAUUUGGUGGAUGGAUUUAUAAAACAGGCAGGUGAUGAGGGGGUUGAUGGGUGGGU